AUGGUGCUCGGCAUUAUCCUGAGCCACGACGUCUUCUUGGUCAAAAGCACGGAGCAAGCAAGCCCAACACAAUUUAGUUUAGCGAGGACUAGUUCGGAAGGCCGACUCGGGAUUUCGAUCGAAAGCAUGGCUGACGAGUCAGAUGACGAGGUAAUUUUCAUUUUAGCAUCAGCAUCUUCGGUGUCUCAAUUGAAAUGCGGUGCGCUCCAUUCGGAGAUGUCAGUCAGCGACAAUUCAAAGCUGACACCCGGCCCUGAACUUCCUGUGGCAGAACACGAGCUAGCAAAGUGGGAGCGAGAAUUGCCCGAAUUCCAACACUACCUGCUGUUCAUGCGUUAUGGGCUGACUUUGUGUGAUUGCGAACCUCAUCUUACUAGUACUGAACCGCGCUUCUGGGCGCCAGGUGGCAUCUCACCAAGACCGCACUCCGACAGCAUGAAGUCCUGGCUUGUGCACGAACACGUCCACGUGGACGUCCACCAAAAGCACGCCUUGGCACUUGGAAAAGUCUCAGUCACGGACCACGUAUUCAGCAAGCAGCGUCGAGAAGGAGCAGCCAGACAUAUUGACUAUUUUUCUCUCUCAAGGUCCACAAUAUCCACCCCUUCUCUGCGUGCAUUUGCCACUGGUAAAUCUAUGAAUGAGACCUCACCGUGCACUGCCGCUUUCUUAGAUAAACUGUAUUCCAAGAAACAAUCCCUCUUGAUCAACUGUGGUGGUUUUCAGGCCUAUCUGCGGAAACUUCAUACGAGACAUCACCAUCGCGCAGAGUCGAGCGUAGUAGUCCACCAAUGCAGCAUGCAUCAAACUCAUCAACCACGCAAUGCACUGGCCAGAAAUAUUACAUACGUCGCCUUUUGGGUCUGGCUGAGGCUCUAUCGUGCAGCUUGCGACACACAACCGUAUGCUUCCCAGGGCUGGCUCGAGCUGUCGAGGAUGGAGGAAGAACGCGGGCAUCAGACAAAAGCUGCCCUUGUUGUUCGACGGGGGCUAGAGUUUUGCUCGCUAUCCGACACGUUGCUCAUGCGAGCCAUCAAGCAUGCCGAGAAGCUCGAUACUGUAGAUGCAGCGCGUGCAUUAUUGGCACCUCUGAAACAUGUCCCAAUCGAGAAGGUUUGGCGCGCAGUUCUGGAAGGUGCACUUCUUGAGGCAAGGUGUGGAAAUACCGGCGUGUCUCGAAAGGUGUUUAAAUUCUUGAUGGAACGUGUGUCGUGGUAUGGACCGAUUUUCUUUGAAGCAUACCGUCUAGAGGAGAGAUCAGGCGAGGACUCGGCGGCGCUGGAUAUUAUUGACAGGGGGCUGCUUCAAAUUCCUCGCUAUGGUCCGAUUUGGUUUGGGGCGUUUCGCGUUUGCGAGCGCCUUGAUGCUGCUACUGAUGCAGAUGUUGCUGUUGCGGGUGGUCCGGUUAGGACGCGUCUGAUGCUGGAUCGAGCCCUUCACUUUAUCAGUAAGGAGCUUGUUUGGAAGGUACAUUUUGAAGCAGCACAGAUGGAGGAACGAGCUGCAGCUCGAUUAGUCGUACAAACAAGGAAUGAGCCUGAUCUCAGAAGGGCACGGAGGCGAUAUGUUCAGUCAGUUGCCGCAUGUCCAAUGAAUCUCCGCUGGAAAGUCUGGCUCGCUGGUGGUCUCAUGGAACUUAGUGCCAACCACCUUGACUAUGCUGUGCUCGGUCAGCGCUGGGUGCUUAUGGUAGUCUUGUUUGCUCGAGCUCUUAAAGAGGCUCCUUCAAAGUCUCGAUUCAUAGUUUGCCUGGAAUGUGCUAGGCUCGAAGAGAAAUGGACACAUAAAAUAUCGAAAGAACAACUCAUGCACGCCGUCGAUGCUGAAGCCGCGGACCGCCUAGAUCUCAGAUGCGCUAAUGCUGAUCCGAACUAUGGUGCCAUGUGGUUCGAGUGUCGCCAUGGACCAGCUGACACGGCGCGAAUAAUUCUUGCAAGGGCCCGCUCUAAUCUUGUUCAGGAGAUAUGUGUGCAUCAGCAUGUCUACGCUGCAGCAAUCGCGCACUGGAGGCACGGUGAAGACGCUGUACCUAACACGCAUUUGGAAGCAAACCUGGCCCUAAAUUACAAGGACUCUGACUUCACCACUGGCCUUGUCGAGCGGAAUCGUCUCGAACUCAACAAGUGUGACAGCAAACGCAGGUUCCAAAUUCUGUUUGGAUCUGACUGUAUACUCCCCUGA